AUGGUUAUUGAUACUCUAGCUAAGGGAUCAGUGACAACGUUUUUGGUUUAUUUGCACUAUUCUUUGUCAAUUUUUGAUAGAGAUUUUGGUGUUGAUCUUAUUUUCAUGCUGUUGAGGGGUCUUAAUGUUAUCUUGGGAAUGAACUGGUUAGAGUCCAAUCAUGUUCAUAUAAAUUUUUACGACAAAUUAGUACACUUUCUUGCUCCUAUAGAUGAAGAGGAAGCUGGUUACUUAUCUGCUAGGCAGUUGAAAGGGCUUUUGCAAGAUGAAGCUCGGUUGUUUGUGUUGUUUGCAUCUUUACCUGCUAAAAGUCAAGUUGUAAUUGAUAAACUGACAGUAGUGCCAUAUGUGUUUCCGGAUGAUGUUUAG